AUGGCACCCUUCUCUGAAGCCUACCCUACAAAUCCACCACUCUCACACACUGCAAAUGGUCCCUUAGCAUCAAUUAACAAUGUAAUGGAGUCAUGUCUUGCUGGGCCUGAGGACAAGGAUGACACAUCUCAUGAUUUUGAGGAUGAUGAAGAAGUGGACAAAGAUGGACUUCCAUGGACCCAUACCCCAGUCCUCGCUGGCCAAUUUAUACCUCCCCCAACUGUUGAUGAAGCUAGACUUGCAUUAGUUGAUCUUAAAUUGACCCUCCGGCCUCCCCGUCCCACGGGAGGGUACAAGGAUCCUAAGCUUGAUUUACUUCUUCGCAGUCGUCUUGAAAAAAUGCGAAUGUUUCUGUGGAACUACACAGAUCCAGCCAAUAAGUACCCUGGCUGGAUGGCAGCCUCGUUGAAAACUGCACAUGCUUACAAGAAGGGACCGUGGUUAGCUGGCCGUCUUCGUGAGUGGGUCCGAGCUUAUUGCAAGGACAGAAGGGACCUUCCAAUGAAUGUAUAUGGGACGUGGAACUCAUCCAUACUGGAAGAUGAAGACUUUUCACAGGAACUACUGCUACAUCUACAGGGCAUUGGGAAGUAUGUUAGAGCAAUGGACAUAGUGGAAUACCUUGAUCAAGUGGAGGUAAAAUCAUGGUUAAAACUAACUAAAACCAUAUCCCUUGCGACAGCACAGCGCUGGAUGAAGCACAUCGGAUACAGGUGGUCAAAGACUCCGACAGGCCAGUCCAUUGAUGGACAUGAGAGGGUUGAUGUGGUGCACUAUCGACAAGCAGUCUUCCUCCCCAUUUGGGCCGAGUUGCUGUCUCACACACAAAUUUAUGCGACUGAUGGCAAUGAGUGCCCUGUCCACCCAGAACUUGAAGGUACCUGCAAAGUCAUCAUCUGGAAUCAUGACGAGUCCACCUAUUAUGCCAACGACUGUCGAAAAAUCAGAUGGGUUCACAAAAGUAAAACAGCCAUACCUCACACCGAAGGAGAGGGUGCCUCGCUGAUGGUCGCCGACAUGAUUAGCCCCGAUUAUGGAUGGCUACAUUCUCCCGAUGGAACCGAGUCCACGCAGGUCCUGUUUAAGGCCGGAAAGGCAUGCGAGGGGUAUUUCACAUGCGAGGAUAUCAUCAAGCAGGCUUCCAAUGCCAUUGAUAUCCUUGAGCGACACUAUCCUGAUGAGGACCACAUUAUCGUAUUUGACAAUGCAUUGAUGCACCUGAAGCGUGCGGACGAUGCACUGUCUGCACGGCAUAUGCCUAAAUUUUCCCCAAGGGAUGGGGACAAGUGGGACGGUACAGAUUAG